AUGGAUCCAGAGGUGUCUCUCAUGCUGCACUGUGAUCCAUUACAGGCUCUUGGAGAAAAUCAAAUUCAUGUAGAAAUUUCAGACAGGUUCAAUCGUCAAGAGUUUCCUGAAAUCGAGCAGCACAUUGAAGCUGUGUGGAGUGACCGAGUGGCCAAAGAACCGUGGCUCUUCAAUGGAGCUAAAUUCAGAUUGCAUUCAGCGGUGCUCUCCGUCAUGGAAAAGGGACCCGUGGCAGAACAGGCCGCCCAAAACCUAACGUGCUCGCAAUUAGAAAGUGCUGAUAAAUCCUCAGGAAGAUUGGCAAAAGAUGAGCAGUCGUGUGUGCUGACGUUACAGUUAGGCCUGACCUGUUAUAAAGACUAUCUGGGGACUAACUGGUCACGAGAGGCGGGGAAGCUGCAGAGUCACGGACAGAACGAAUGCACAGAUCCGCAGGCCUUCCUCGCUCAGCCGCUGGGGGUCGGUGCUGUCGUGGCCACGGCUGACGGAGACGUCGUCCUGCUGAGGAGAAGCCAGAAAGUGGCAGAGGCUGCAGGCCUGUUAGACAUACCUGGAGGUCACCCUGAGCCAAAGGUGAACGUUCCCGUCAGUUCUCUGAGCAAACCGGUGUUUAUGGGAAUUGCGCUGAACCACACUAGUGCAGGACGACCCAGUGCCGAGUUUUAUGUCCGGUGCACUUUGACAACAGAAGAAUUGAGAGAUUUAUAUAGACGUGGAGGUCCUGAGGCCCACGAGUCCACUGAAAUACUGUUUCUGAGUCGAGCGAAAAUGUUCCAGUUGAACGAGCGCUGCCCCCUGUGGUCAGAGAUGUGUCCUUCAGCGAAGGGUGCAGUACUGCUGCAUCAGAGGGUGAUGAUGCCUGAUUACCACCUCUGA